CAAUCCAAAACCCAUCAAUACAUUCAUCAAGGUAGACCUUCAGCCAUAAUCCAUUCCCCCGCCUGCAAAUCUGCAAUAAUAUAUCUCUCUCUACUCUCAUACCUCAAACCCUGCCUGCUCCUCGAUCUUCACCUUAAACAAAUAAAAAAAACACUGAAUGUCCAGUUUCAACCUAGGAAAGAAGCUUGUACCCGCUAAGAAAGCGUGGAAGAGCUUCAGUGCCACAUUCCAAUCAAAGCUCCAGAAGCUGAAGCUCCGAAAAGCCAUCAAACGAGCCAAGAAACGCUGCGUCUUGGCUUUCAACUACAUCCGCCCUCUUCUCUCCCGAAAGUUUUACUCUUUGAUGAUUAGACGACACAGUAGUAGUAGUUGUAGUUCCUCUAAACGCCCUCUGCAACGCCGCCACCACAACACGCUCAACUUUCCGGCCAUCUACGUGGACGAGCUUUUCCCUGAGCCUCUGAUCUCAGCUCCGCCGCCAAAGCGCCACGGCGAAGAACAACCAAAGGUGGGGCCCAGCACGGUUGGAGAGAGUAGCAGUAGCAAUGGCGGCGGCGGCGGUGGAUGGAGAGUUCCAUCUUUGCCGCCGCAUUUCAGAGGAGUGGAUGAGAGGGCCGAGGACUUCAUUUCUAAAUUUCGUCAAGAUAUGAAGCUUGAAAGAGAGCAAUCCAUUCUUGAUUUCCAGGAGAUGCUGGCAAGAGGGACUUAGAAAUUAAAAUAUUAAUCUUCUUUCAAAAAGUUUUUUUUGAUUUAAUUUCCUCAAGUUUUUACAGGAGAUGAGAGGUAAAACAAUUUAUAAAAUUAUCUUUUAAAAAUUUAUGACACGCAACAUUUUUCUAAUAAAGAAUAUGAUAUAAUGAUUUUUUUUCUUCAAUAUUGGUGAGGUGGUGGUUCAAAAGUUAAGUUGUGUAGGAAUUGGGGUUGUGUGGGAUUGAUAAAUUUGCAAUUUUUUUUUUUAAAUACAUUCUAUGCAUGUGUACAAAGAAAGAAGUUAUUCUUUCCUCCUGUAAUGGGUGAGUUGCGAAUUGAAUAUGUGUCAAUGAGUCCAUGACUUUAGUAUUGGGUUUUUAGCCUUUUUACUA